GCAGAGCUUUCAACGCAGCUCUUUUAUACGCUGGUGAAGCUGCUCCAGGGCAGGGCCCUGGACAUAGCCCAGAACACCGACCUGGGCAAUGGCUUGGAGGUCUAUAGAAAGCUGGUGAGCGAGUACAGGCCCCGGUUGGCCAGCCGGUUUGUGGGGACGCUCACCCAGCUUAUGAGCCACAAGUUUACGGCCAGCCUCGAGGCCGAGAUCCCCUUCUUUGAGAAGCUUGUUCGGCGGUAUGAAGCCGAGACGGGCAAGGUGCUUGAUGAUACCAUCAAGCUGGGGAUUAUCAUCAACGGGCUCCAGGAUGAUUCCCUAAAGCAGCACGUGGUGCGAAACUCGGCCAGGCUGAAGACGUACCAGCUGCUGAAGGACGAGCUGCUGGAGGUGGCUCGCACAAGCAGGGUCCUGUCGGAACAGCCGGUUCCGAUGGACCUGUCGGCGCUUCCAAAGUGGAAGCAGAAGGUUCCCAAGGAGGUGGCCAAGGUCAAGGAGCGCGGCUACGUUGCAGCGGUAACGCUGCCCCAGGAGGCCCAGGGUUUCAGGGAUGUUCUGGUUGAUACGGGGGCAGGGUCGCUCAAGACCUUGGAUGGCCAAGGCUUUUCGGUUGAGUAUGCCGAAUCAGAUAAAGUGAAUUUUUCAGUUUUGUCCUCGGGCCUUGCGGCCAGCAAGGGGACGUGGACCGUGAUCGGUCCAGAUGUGCAAUGUCUGAUUUUGGACAAAAAUGCACACAAGGUCAGAAGGGCCUUGGGGUACACCAAGACCAUAGAGCUUCAGAAGAAGCGUGGGGUGUACUGGCUGCCGGUUCAGAGCGAUGAGGGCAAAGGCCCAGAGCCCACCAUUUUGGCAGCAACCAAGGCAGCUAAGAAGGUGGUGCCAGCAGAGGCAAUGCGCCUCGAAGAAGAUGCGGGUGGAACCGCCCAGGGCCAAGCUGCGGAUGGAACCGCGCUUGGCGAACCACCAAAGGAAGACUCGGAGGGCCCAACAGAGGCAAGCUCGAGCAGAGGGCCAGAGAUCCGAGAAGCGGCGGAUAGACCCGCGCUUGGCGAACCACCAGAGGAAGACUCGGAGGCCCAACGCAAAACCAGAUCGAAACGCAUUCCAGAUCUGGUUUCCGAGCAAGAGUAUAAGGAUCACAUGAUGACCCAUCUUCCUUUUCGUUCGUGGUGUGACCAUUGCAUUGCUGGAAAGUCCCGAGAGGAUUCCCAUCCACUGCGGGAAGCACGCAAGUGCAAAGGGGAGGUGCCACGCUUUUGCGUCGACUACUGUUUUCUGGGUCGGGCGCUAAAGGGCGAGAUGCCGAAAACGGCAGAAGCACUGAAGGAACCCCUUGAUGCAGAGGAUGGGCAGCGACCAAUCCUGGUUAUGGUGGACCAGGAGACGGGAGCAACCUUCUCCUACUUGGUCACAAAGGGGGUCAACAACUACGCCGUUCACGUUAUGAGUGAAGCCCUCAAGUUUGCUGGAAGGCAACGGGUGCUCAUUAUGUCGGACGGUGAGCCCGCGAUCCGGGCACUGAUCGAUACGGUGGCCAGACAGGCCGGGAAGGAGACACAGGUGCAGCACGCACCAAAAGAAACACAUGGACCCAGCAACGGCGCAGCUGAGCGAGCUAUCCUGGAGGUAGCGCGCCAAGCUAGGACGCUGGUCCAUGCCCUCGAGACGCGUUACCCGGGCUACCAGCUCAAGGGUGACUCUGAGGUGUUUCCUUGGGUGAUUCGCCACAGCGGGUGGCUUAUCACAAGAUUUCUGAUCAAGGCCGAUGGGAGGACACCCUACGAAAGGCUCAAGGGCCGGGAGUACAAGGGUGAAAUAGUGGAUCCACUCGAGACGGUUCACUAUAAGAUUGAUAAGGACACAAGGGGCAAGCUGGAUGCCCAAACCUCCAUCGGGAUUUGGUUGGGAAAGACGCUCAGCGCGGAUGAGCACGUGAUCGGGACUCCCCAGGGCAUACGUAAGUGGGAGAAACACCGACUGGAGGCAGUCACCGGCACGCCGUGGCAGCCUAAGGGUCAGGCGUUGGUGGUCCCCGGUGACAACAAACCACUCACCUUACCCGACGGGCGCAAGGUGAGGUCUGCGUAUAUCACCUUGGAACGCCAGAUCAAGCAUGGUCCCACUCCAGGCUGCCCGGGAUGCAAUUGCCUGGCUGGGGAGGUGAAGCCUCAUAACGCGGAGUGCAAGAAGAGGUUCAAUGAGCUUUACCCUCGUGAAGCAGCAGCUUCCAGAGAGGAGCCUGGUGAAGAGGGAGCUCAGGCCGUGGAGGGGGAUGAUAUGGAUCUCACCGAAGCGGAACCCUCUGGUGCGGGUGGCACCGCCCAGGGAAGUGCAGCGCAGGGCUCGGGAGGAACCGACCCAGCGCAGAGCAGAAAGGACCUUAAGAAGCAACUGGCCGACAAGGCCAGGGAGCGGCGAGAAGCUGCCCAGCAGCAGCCCCAAGAGGAACCCAAACGGUUCAGGCAGACGCAAAAGGGAGCCAAGCGAACGGCAGAAGUUUCCUUGGAGGAAGCGGCUGCAGAGGCAGCCCAAGAGGAGGUGAUAGGAGGUCUUCCUACCCUCCACGAAGAGUCGCUGCUGGCAGCCUACCCAGAGGAUGGGCUGCUAGACAGCCAAGGGGCCUUUGACGAAAGGACGGGUGAAGCACUACCUGUCGAAAAGGUCAAGAAGGCCCGUGGCCGCGAGCUCGACAAAAUGAUCGAGCACGGAGUGAAAGAGGAUAUCACCUGGGAAGAGGCAAAGCGCCGAGGACUUAAGAUAGUCAAAAGCAGGUGGGUAGAUGGUUGGAAGCCACUCCCAGACGACCCCCAGGGAGUCCGAAGUAGGUGCGUGGCUCAAGAAGUCAACGUGAGCCAGAGGGAUGACGUAGCAUCCGGGACGCCGCCGCUGAAGGCACACCGGAUGGUUAUCUCUCACGCGGCUACGAAAGCCCCAGGAGCGCGUGAGAACAAGAAGCUUGUCGCCAGAUACGACGUGUCGGUGGCAUUCUUCCACGCGGACGCUACUGGGAAGAUCGCUGUGGUCCCACCAAAGGACCUGGACCAAAGUUUUCUGUG